GCCAACUUGACCCACCAUUGUCGGGAGCAUUCGUCAAAUUAUGAUUGCCGGACCGACCUCAAAAUGAGUUGCAUCACAAACGUCUCUUCUAAAAUAACUAUGACGCACGUGAGACCGCGACAUAACGCGUCACUUUCCACCAACAAAGAAAGGAGACAGACCGCAAACGCCUAGCCUAAAGAAGCACUAGCAAGCCAUCUGGAACACGAAGUCGCUCGUCUCAAUCGAACAAAUCCCCUUCCUGUCUUGCCGUCCGCCUGAACCCUUCCAUCGACUUUUCACCCAACACGCUUUCCUCAGAUACACCAGCAACAAACAGCUACCAUGUCUUCCGCUUCGUUCCUCCAGACCGCUCUCGCCAGACUGGGUCUGGUCCAACGCCAGCAACGUCCACUAAAUAUUACCCAACGCAGCCUGUGCAAUGACCGUGGCUGGUUCACCACCUACACCCCCUUCGCAUCCCGCGCGGGCUCCAUGUACUCCAAGACCGAAGACUACACCAUUGUCGGCAUCGGCACCGUAGCCCUCCCCGUGACAAGAUCGCCCAACCGGCACGGCGCCAACGCACAUACCCAACUGAUUCUCAGAGACGUCCUCCACUGCCCCCACGCCAUCUGCAACGUCAUAGGAUUGCCCGAGGCAUUCCUGCAAGAAUACGAUAUAAUCAUAGAUUUCGGGAGUGAUAGGUCCAAGGGGUCGAUUGUGGGAUUGCCUGGGAGGGAGGCGGUCGCGUAUUUUGAUCCCAGUGCUGGGCUUUUUCAGGUUAAGCUGAGUGAUCCGCCUGUUGGGCCUGUGCUGGCGCCUACGGCGUUUAAGAAGGAUAGCAUGUACAUGAUUAAUGUGCGGUGGUCCGACGGGGAGUGGAGACGUUGGGAGGCGUAUAAGCGGAGUCAGGGGCUCGACGACAGCAGGAGCGGAGGUGUUAAUGACGCGCAGAAUAUGUCUACUGCCGAGGGCGGGCCACCGAGGAAGAAGAUGAAAAGAAUGGCUCCGCAAGGACCGGGGAGUGCGGAGUACACUGCCGAAGAGAAAGCGUGGCUCAAGAAGAACUACAAGGGUGAAUACCACUUUCUCCUCGAGCACGGGUUAAGUAUACACAAAGAAGAAGAUCGAGAGGAAGGCAGGGCUAUGGUACGCGCGUUCAUGGACGAGGACGAAGAAGAGAUGGAUUCGGCAUCGGAUGAAGAUCAUCUCUAUGACCGCGGGGGAGAUGAUGAUGAUGAUGAUGAUGACUUGGAAGGCCAUAUGGCGGACUACCAUUUCGAUGCCAAAUCGCUCGACUGGAUCGAGAAGCACUAUGGUAACUCGAUGAACUUUAUGUUCAGCCAUGGUUUGAAGUUCUACGAUGACGAUGACUGCGCUGAGGCGAAGAUGAUUGUGGGCUUAAUGAUGGACGAGUAGAGGGCACUGCGUACAGAGUUCUUGUACAUGUUUCGUGGGGGUACUGGGCGUUCAGUUAGACGGCCAUGGAAUUGGGAAUCGACACGUCCCUGAGGCGAUUAUCCUGGGUAUCUUGGGUAUCUUGGGUAUCUUCGGUGAUCUUGGUUAUUGAAGCCGUCCAAUAAUCAAUACUUC